AUAUAAUUAAUGCCCAUAACUCACAUACUUACACAAAAGUUCUGUGUUUUUUUUCUUUUUCUUUUUUUUUUUUCCUUUUUUUUUCUUUGUUUUUUUUUCUUGGGUUCCUCUGCUUCUUCUUGUCCUUCUUCUCUGAAGCACUUUGGUCUUUGGGCAUCACAACCAGUGACUGUUUUAGUCUCUUUGGCCACUGCUGCAGUGGCUUUGACCCAAGAAGAUGCUAGUGGUAUUGCUCUUGCUGCUGGCAUUGAGCAAUGCUGUAAAAAUCAAUGGAGAAGGGAGCGAUGGACAAUGUAAUUACAAUAAGCUAUCUUUACAACCAAGACCACACAGUGUAUCCAUUUCUGAGUUUGGUGCUGUUGGAGAUGGCAAAACAUUGAACACCCUUGCUUUCCAAAAUGCUAUCUUUUAUCUAAAGUCUUUCGCCGAUAAGGGCGGCGCCCAGCUCUAUGUGCCACCGGGGAGGUGGCUCACUGGAAGUUUUAGUCUUACAAGUCAUCUCACCCUGUUUUUGGAGAAAGGAGCUAUCAUUCUUGGAUCUCAGGACCCGAGUCAUUGGGAAGUUGUUGAUCCUUUACCAUCAUAUGGUAGAGGUAUUGAAAUUCCCGGUUCCAGAUAUCGCAGCUUGAUAAAUGGAUACAAUGUAAAAGAUGUGGUGAUAACAGGUGACAAUGGAACCAUCGAUGGCCAGGGCUCAGUUUGGUGGGACUGGUUCAAUUCUCAUUCUUUAAAGUACAGCCGCCCUCAUCUUGUCGAAUUCGUUGACUCUCAAUCUGUAGUUGUAUCAAAUCUUUCAUUCUUGAAUGCUCCUGCAUAUAGCAUUCAUCCAGUGUAUUGCAGUGGUGUACAUGUUCACAAUAUUUCAGUCUUCACUCCUUUAGACUCCCCUUACACUAAUGGUAUAGUCCCAGAUUCAUCUGAUGGUGUUUGUAUUGAGGACUGCGCAAUAACCUCGGGUUAUGAUGCCAUUUCAAUCAAGAGUGGUUGGGAUGAAUAUGGCAUUGCCUAUGGCAGACCAACAAAAAAUGUGCACAUCAGGCGCGUCGAUUUGCAAUCAUCUUCUGGUUCUUCUCUUGCCUUUGGUAGUGAGAUGUCUGGUGGCAUAUCAAAUGUGCUUGUGGAGCAGGUCCACUUGUACAAUUCACAUAGUGGAGUUGAAUUUAGAACAACAAAGGGUAGGGGGGGUUAUAUCAAAGAGAUCACCAUAUCAGAUGUUGUGAUUAAAAAUGUUUUCAUGGCGUUUAGUGCCUCGGGACAAUGUGGUUCCCAUCCAGACGACAAGUAUGAUCCGAACGCCCUCCCAGUUUUGGAUCACAUCAGUUUGCAGAAUGUGGUUGGCAAAAAGAUCAGUGUUGCUGGAAUUUUCAAUGGGAUUCAAGAAUCCCCCUUCAGUUCCAUCUGUCUGUACAAUAUCUCCUUGUCAAUCAUUUCAGGUGCUCCCACCACUUGGGAAUGUUCAAAUGUUUCAGGCUCUUCUGACUUAGUCUUUCCCGAGCCAUGUCUGGAACUCCAUAGCACAAAUUCCAAUUCACCCUCAGCUUGCUUUUCUCUGUCCACUCUAUAUGGAAAUGCUUCAGCUUUAUAAUACCAUUCUCCUCUACACAGAACAGUUUCUACAGCAUGAAAAGAAAAGAAAAGAAAAAAAACAGAAAGUUUCUAUUGUGAAUGCCAUAUCUCAGAUCAGGCCCCCACAUUCUUUCCAAUAAGACACAUGUUUAGAUUAUUUGUUUCUUUCUUUGUUCAUCCCUUUCUUUAGUUUUGCAUUAUAUUCUUGCUUGUUUGCAAUCUGCAGAUUUGUACAGCUUCAUUUCUUCAUUCAUGUGUAAGGAAAUUUUUUGGUAGUUGAUGGCAAAUGAAAAGGACUUGUUGGGUUA